UUACGCAAUAAGCUUUGAAAGGCGGUGAACGACUUGAUAAAAGCGAUCGGCUCGAACGCACCAAUUCAAUGUGCUGACAAGUCUACGGUCUUGAAAAACAGAACUAGAAGGAGCAUUUGAAAAUUGUGGGAGCCAACGCGGAUGUCUAGAGACUAUACUGAUUUCGCAUCUUCCUCUCUGAUUUCCGAGAUUAUUACAAAUACCUUCGAACUGAUUUACAGACAGACUGGCUCUGAAAUAGCCUUCAUUUCAAAUUCUUUGUUCUUUGGAUGAAAACCGGAACGUAAAAUUGAUGCAUGCUUAUGUGAAGCAGCUAGUGAAGAUGUGUCUCCCUGGUAUCUUCAUUGUUACCCUGUUGACCCUCUCUAUUCCUGCUGUCCAUGGUGGGAAAGUCCUGGUGUUUCCUCAUGACGGCAGCCACUGGGUCAACAUGAAGGUCAUUAUUGAAGCGCUUCAUUCAAGAGGUCACAGUGUGUCAGUAGUACGGCCAUCAGACAGCUGGUACAUCAAGGAAACCUCCCCUCACUACAGUUCAACAACAAUUGAUAUUCCAGGUGGAGCUGAUGAGGAAUUAUUUUGCUCAUUUGUGUCAAGACUAAUACAGAUAAAGAGAGAGGGAAACUCUGCUUGGACUCGUUUUAGUUUGGACAUGGAGUUGAAGGACGGGUUUUUUGAAGUUCACCGCAAAGUGUGUGAGAUGAUAAUCCACAUGUUAGAGAAUAAACAGUUGAUGCAGUCUAUUAGAGAAACCAAGUAUGACUUGGUUCUGACAGACCCAUUAAAUGGGGGAGGCAUUGUGCUGGCUCACUAUUUAAUUGUGCCACUUGUUUUCAAUGUUAGAUGGACUAUAGGUGGUGAGGGUCAUUUUGUUAUUGCUCCCUCUCCACUAUCUUAUGUUCCAUUUCCUGUUGCAGAGUUAACAGACAAGAUUUAUGUACUUCCGGGUUGGAGCGAGCGGUCGCAUCCGCACUUCGGUCCGCAGGUAGUAUAACUUUUCAUUACAUUUCAUUACAUUUCAUUAUAGUACAACGGUUUGAUUUGUCUAAUCUUAGCAAUUUCUUCUUAGCUAGCUACAUAGCCGUCAUUGUAUCAAAGAUAAUUGCGUAAUUAUCGUAUUUCGUCGUCCUAACGUAGUCUACACUACUAUCUGCC